GAGAGGGGGGGGGCGGAAUAAGCGCAAGUUUGCACUCCCCGGCCGGGACAGGGCGAGGCGAGCGUCACUUUGCAGAAGGGCACCCCGGAAGGCGGAGCAGGCAGAGGGGCCCGGGCAGGCAGCAGCAGGAGGACGACCCGCGAGAAGACUGAGGCGGCUCCCUGGAGAACGGGACCCCCCCCCCCGCCGCCGCCGCCGCCACGCAACUUUCUUUCCGCCAGCCGCGGAGGAGGAGAGCCACGUCCGCGCCCGCGCAGCAGCCCCCAUGGCCUCUUCCUAGAGAGGGGCGCUGCUCGGGGGUGGGGGGUGGGGAGGGGAGGGUCUGAGUCUCCUCUGGGCAGCGGCGGCGGCGGCGGCGGCGGCUUCCUCCAGACGUGCCCCGCCCCGGCUGCCUCCUUUGCACAGCUCCCUCGGGCAGCAUCCCUUUUCCUUGGCGGACCAUGGAUACGCACACGCGGUGGAAACGGAGGAGCUGCCCGGCCAGCCUGGGGGGCAGCCGGCCCUGGAGGGUCGCGCUGCUGCUCCUCUCUGCGGUCGCCCAGAGCCAUGCAGCUGAGCCUGCGGAUCUCUUGAAGGUAUUAGAUUUUCACAAUUUACCCGACGGGAUAUCGAAAACAACAGGGUUUUGCACAAGCAGGAGGUCUUCCAAAGGAGCCGACGUGGCCUACCGAGUAACGAAAGAUGCACAGCUGAGCGCCCCAACCAAACAGCUCUACCCUGCAACUCCAUUUCCUGAAGACUUCUCAAUCCUCACCACUGUAAAAGCAAAAAAAGGAGGGCAGUCCUUCUUGAUUUCCAUCUACAACGAGCAAGGGAUCCAGCAGAUCGGCGUGGAGAUGGGCAGGUCUCCCGUAUUCCUUUACGAGGACCACUCAGGGAAGCCCGGCCCCGAGGACUACCCUCUCUUCCGGGGCAUCAACCUAUCAGAUGGCAAGUGGCACCGGGUAGCCAUCAGUGUACACAAGAAAAACGUCACCUUGGUUUUGGAUUGUAAAAAGAAGGUCACCAAGUUCUUGGACCGGAGUGACCAUCCCAUCAUUGACGUCAACGGGAUCAUCGUCUUUGGGACCAGGAUCUUGGAUGAAGAGGUCUUUGAGGGAGACAUCCAGCAGCUCCUCAUGGUGGCCGACCCGCGAGCGGCCUAUGAUUACUGUGAGCACUACAGCCCGGAUUGCGACACAGCCAUUCCAGAUGCGCCCCAGUCCCAAGACCCCAACCCUGAUGAAUACUACCCCGAUGGCGAUGGGAACUUGGAAGUCGAAGGAGAAACCUACUAUUACGAAUAUCCCUACUACGAAGACCCCGAUGAUGCAGGGAAGGUGUUAACCUCCACUGCCAAACCUGUGGACACAGAAGAAGUGGCCCGAGAAGUGACUGAAACCACUGAGGAUCUUGCCCCUCCGUCCACGUUGGCCCCCCUGGUUGUGGAGACCACGCAGGAGACGAAACUGGUGGACCCGCUGGUGGAUGAGUAUAAUUAUGGAACCGUGCCUGAAGACUACACUCCACUCCCAUAUGAUGAUUUCAACUAUGAGGACAUUGACAUAGAGGAGAAGCUCCCGGAAGGCGGCGUCGAGGCGGAGGUGCCCACGAGCAUCGUCAUGACCUACAACGAAACCGAUGCCACCGAGAGUGUGGGCGAAGGUGGAGAAGACGCCAACAAAGACUUCACUGAGGAAACCAUCUCGGAGUACGAUGGCUACUAUGAUGGCUACUACGACAGGACAGAUUCUCCCGAUAUUGGGCCUGGCAUGCCUGCUAACCAGGACACGUUGUACGAAGGGGUUGGUGGGCCACGAGGUGAAAAGGGACAGAAAGGGGAGCCAGCAAUCAUUGAACCGGGGAUGCUCAUCGAAGGUCCACCUGGCCCAGAAGGCCCAGCCGGUCUUCCAGGCCCCCCAGGAACAACCGGGUCCAUGGGCCCAGUGGGCGACCCUGGAGAAAGGGGCCCACCUGGGCGGCCAGGGCUUCCCGGAGCAGAUGGUUUGCCGGGACCUCCUGGGACGAUGCUUAUGUUGCCGUUCCGGUUCAGUGGGGGAGGCGACGGGGGCUCCAAAGGCCCCAUGGUGUCCGCUCAGGAGUCCCAGGCUCAGGCAAUCCUCCAACAGGCCCGGCUGGCGCUGAGAGGACCAUCUGGCCCAAUGGGUCUUACUGGAAGGCCGGGCCCCGUGGGACCGCCAGGCGGAGGAGGCAUCAAGGGUGAACCAGGAGACAUGGGGCCUCAGGGUCCACGAGGUGUGCAAGGCCCCCCAGGCCCGUCGGGGAAACCAGGACGCCGGGGCCGUGCUGGCAGUGACGGUGCGAGAGGCAUGCCAGGGCAGACGGGGCCAAAGGGUGACCGAGGCUUUGAUGGCUUGGCCGGAUUGCCUGGGGAGAAAGGGCACAGGGGUGACCCCGGCCCGUCAGGUCCUCCCGGAGCCCCAGGAGAAGACGGAGAAAGGGGCGACGAUGGAGAAGUUGGACCCAGAGGUCUCCCUGGCGAACCCGGGCCUCGUGGUUUGCUGGGACCCAAGGGCCCGCCAGGACCCCCAGGACCUCCAGGCAUCGGUGGCAUGGAUGGGCAGACAGGACCCAAAGGGAAUGUGGGUCCUCAAGGUGAGCCCGGACCACCAGGUCAACAGGGGAAUCCAGGCGCACAGGGGCUUCCCGGUCCUCAAGGUCCGAUCGGUCCACCAGGAGAAAAAGGCCCGCUGGGAAAACCUGGACUUCCCGGGAUGGCUGGAGCAGAUGGUCCCCCGGGUCAUCCUGGGAAAGAAGGUCCCACUGGUGAGAAGGGCAACCAGGGUCCAGCCGGCCCUCAGGGCCCCAUCGGGUAUCCUGGCCCCCGUGGUGUGAAGGGAGCUGAUGGAGUUCGUGGCUUGAAAGGCACCAAGGGCGAGAAGGGUGAAGAUGGCUUCCCAGGAUUCAAAGGCGACAUGGGCAUUAAAGGAGACAGGGGCGAAAUCGGUCCUCCUGGACCUCGGGGAGAGGAUGGGCCGGAAGGCCCCAAAGGUCGUGGAGGCCCCAAUGGAGAUCCUGGCCCGUUGGGUCCUGGUGGCGAAAAGGGAAAGCUUGGAGUUCCUGGAUUGCCAGGUUAUCCUGGGAGACUGGGCCCCAAGGGGUCCAUCGGGUUUCCAGGAUUCCCCGGAGCCAAUGGAGAGAAAGGAGGAAGGGGCACCCCUGGCAAGCCGGGACCGAGAGGACAGCGAGGCCCGACGGGUCCCCGAGGAGAACGAGGCCAACGAGGGAUCACAGGGAAACCGGGGCCGAAGGGCAACUCUGGUGGUGAUGGGCCCCCAGGUCCUCCAGGCGAGAGGGGUCCUCCAGGGCCUCAAGGGCCCACCGGGUUUCCGGGACCAAAAGGGCCCCCGGGUCCACCUGGAAAAGAUGGAUUGCCCGGCCACCCUGGCCAGCGAGGCGAAACUGGUUUCCAAGGGAAGACGGGUCCCCCUGGGCCUCCGGGAGUUGUCGGUCCGCAGGGUCCUACUGGAGAAACAGGUCCAAUGGGAGAGCGUGGCCAUCCUGGUCCUCCAGGGCCCCCCGGUGAACAGGGGCUUCCCGGAUUGGCUGGCAAGGAAGGAACAAAGGGCGACCCAGGUCCGGCGGGCCUUCCAGGCAAAGACGGCCCGUCAGGCGUGAGGGGGUUCCCCGGUGACCGAGGUCUUCCAGGCCCAAUUGGACCUGUAGGGCUGAAGGGCAAUGAAGGACCCCCAGGACCCCCUGGGCCAGCAGGCUCUCCUGGCGAGCGGGGACCUGCUGGAGCAGCCGGCCCGAUCGGUCUGCCAGGGAGACCGGGGCCUCAAGGGCCACCAGGCCCAUCCGGUGAGAAAGGAACCCCGGGUGAAAAAGGUCCUCAGGGUCCAGCAGGCCGUGAUGGCAUCCAGGGGCCAGUUGGGCUUCCGGGCCCGGCAGGUCCUGUUGGCCCACCAGGAGAAGAUGGAGACAAGGGUGAAAUUGGUGAACCGGGGCAGAAAGGAACCAAAGGAGACAAAGGGGAACAGGGCCCCCCUGGUCCCACUGGUCCACAGGGCCCAAUUGGGCAACCCGGGCCAGCUGGAGCUGACGGAGAACCUGGACCUCGAGGUCAACAGGGUCUCUUUGGCCAAAAAGGAGAUGAAGGACCCAGAGGUUUCCCCGGCCCUCCAGGUCCUGUUGGGUUGCAGGGUUUACCUGGACCUCCUGGUGAAAAAGGAGAGACGGGCGAUGUUGGCCAAAUGGGUCCCCCAGGGCCCCCAGGGCCAAGGGGUCCAUCUGGGUCCCCAGGGGCUGACGGGCCCCAAGGGCCACCUGGCGGGAUUGGAAAUCCGGGAUCGGUUGGCGAGAAGGGGGAACCUGGCGAAUCUGGAGAACCUGGCCUUCCUGGAGAUGGUGGCCCGCCGGGUCCUAAAGGAGAGAGAGGGGAGAAAGGUGAAGCGGGUCCCUCUGGGGCUGCUGGUCCACCAGGUCCCAAAGGCCCCCCAGGUGACGAUGGUCCUAAAGGUAGCCCCGGCCCUGUUGGCUUUCCGGGUGAUCCCGGACCUCCAGGUGAACCUGGCCCAGCUGGCCAAGAUGGUCCACCGGGUGAUAAAGGUGAUGACGGCGAAUCUGGCCAGACAGGCUCUCCUGGUCCAACUGGAGAACCAGGACCUUCAGGUCCACCAGGGAAAAGAGGCCCACCUGGGCCAGCAGGUCCUGAAGGCCGCCAAGGAGAGAAAGGAGCUAAGGGUGAAUCUGGGUUGGAAGGCCCUCCUGGGAAAACGGGCCCCGUGGGCCCUCAGGGACCUCCAGGAAAACCUGGUCCAGAUGGGCUUCGAGGAAUUCCAGGCCCAGUGGGCGAGCAAGGACUUCCUGGAGCACCUGGUCCAGAUGGGCCUCCAGGUCCGAUGGGCCCACCUGGCUUACCUGGGCUGAAGGGAGAUUCGGGUCCAAAGGGAGAAAAGGGUCAUCCAGGCUUGAUUGGUCUCAUUGGGCCUCCUGGUGAGCAAGGAGAGAAGGGGGACCGAGGCCUCCCAGGUCCCCAGGGAGGAUCAGGGCCUAAAGGAGAACAGGGUAUUCUAGGUCAGUCUGGUCCAAUCGGCCCUCCUGGUCCUCCGGGACUACCGGGUCCCCCAGGUCCGAAAGGUGCCAAAGGAUCCUCGGGUCCAACCGGUCCGAAGGGCGAAACGGGUCAUCCUGGCCCUCCAGGGCCUCCGGGUCCUCCAGGGGAAGUCAUCCAGCCGCUCCCCAUCCAGUCCUCCAAGAGAACCCGGCGGAACAUCGAUGCGAGCCAGUUGAUGGACGAAGGCAACGCCGACAACUACAUGGACUACGCUGAUGGCAUGGAGGAGAUUUUCGGCUCCUUGAACUCUCUGAAACUGGAAAUUGAGCAGAUGAAGCACCCGCUGGGGACACAGCACAACCCGGCGCGGACCUGCAAAGAUCUGCAGCUCUGUCACCCCGAUUUCCCAGACGGGGAUUACUGGGUGGAUCCUAACCAAGGGUGUUCCAGGGAUUCCUUCAAAGUUUACUGUAACUUCACAGCGGGUGGCGAAACUUGCAUCUUCCCCGAUAAGAAGUCAGAAGGGAGUAAAAUGGCCCGUUGGCCCAAAGAGCAGCCUGGCACGUGGUAUAGUCAUUACAAGAGAGGGUCCCUGCUCUCCUACGUGGAUGCCGAUGGCAACCCCAUUGGCGUGGUGCAGAUGACCUUCCUGCGGCUCCUGAGUGCGUCCGCCCACCAGAAUGUCACCUACAACUGCUUCCAGUCCGUGGCCUGGCACGAUGCCACCGCCGGCAACUACGACAAGGCCAUCCGCUUCCUGGGCUCUAACGACGAGGAGAUGUCCUACGACAACAAUCCGUUCAUCAGGGCUGUCCUGGAUGGUUGCGCAGCAAAGAAAGGCUAUCAAAAGACCAUCUUGGAAAUCAGCACCCCCAAAGUGGAGCAAGUCCCCAUCGUCGACAUCAUGUUCAACGACUUCGGAGAAGCAUCACAGAAGUUUGGGUUCGAGGUGGGACCGGCUUGCUUCCUGGGCUGAGAGCCACUCGGAAAACUCGUCUCCAAAUGAGCAACCUCAUAACCUCAUUGUGCCUCCUCUUUUUUGGGGCUAUGUUUUGGCCUCCUCUUUUUUGUGGCUAUGUUUUGGCCAUCGUCACAUGCACGUUCUGAAACUGGACAGUUGGAUGGGUUUAUUAUUUUUAUUUGUUUUCUCGUUUUGCCUGAGACCCAGCUCAACCACCGGACCCAAACCAUGUUGAAGCCACCAUCAAAGAUGGGACAGUUAUUCUCACCACGGAUGCCAGAAUCACAUGACCUAAACACACCAUCUGUUGUUGGCAGCAGCAACCUCUUCCAACACACUCCUCAUAGGAUGCGUCUUGGCUUUUUGCUCUGGAAUGCAGGGGUGUUACUCUAAAUCGGAAACACUCAGGCCAUGAAAUGCUACCGGUGCUUUGCUCAUUCCGCCUUUUGACCGCCUUGCUGAAGCCAGUGGAGGAAGUUCCACUGAUUUCUAGAGUUCCCCAUCAAUGGAAGGUUCCGAAAAUACCAUGGAAUGCCAAGUGCGACACGGUAACUCUGUCCCUGUGUCGCAAUGUGGACCAUGGACUCCGAGGGACCCUUCCACUUAGGAUUCUGUUAACUUCAAUGGGGUUUCGAUCAGAACUCAGAUGCAACAUCCACCCCCCCGCCCAAAGGAUGGCUUCUCUGUUUCGUGCUUAGAUCGUAAAAGGUAACAACUGAAACCAAUUCAGUUAACAAACAAACAAAAUUGCCAGGUUCUGACUGUAUACCCCAUAUGAUAAAGGUGCUUCUAUUUUUGUAUGUUUGUAAGUAAAUAUUUGUAUAUUAUUUUAAAUAUAAAAUGUUUCUGGCUUCAAAACAUGCAUGUGACUCUCCCAUGCCCCCUGUUGGUAAUUUAAGGAAUAUUGCUUCUUACCAAUGCCCAAUAUAUAGGUGCUGAAAGUCCACUUGAUGCAGCCAAGGACUGUGGCUAUUUGUCCCUAAGGAAAAUGGGGCCAUUCAGGGUGGUGCUUGCACCCUGAUCCUAUGCAUGUCUACUCAGAAGUAAGUCAGCCUCCCUUGAGUUCAAUCAGCCUUACUCGCAUGUAAAUGCACCUAGAAUGGCAGCCUCACUUUGGAACAUGUUUGGUUUUUUCCCCCCUAGUGAUGACAAAAAAGUCUAGUGACAGAACUGAAACCCAUGCCUGAAUAGAUAUAUUUUUCAAUCAAAGCAAACAGACAGUCUGUUUCCCAAGCAAAGAAAAACAGUGGCCUUUCAGAAUCAUUUCAAACAGAACUCUUGCCUGACUGGAAAUAUGUUGCUGCAAAAUCCAUCUGCAAGCUUUUUAAAAAAGUCGUCUUGUUUUUGUGGACUCUGACAAACGGCUCAGCCUCCAGGUCAGCUUUUUCUUUCUUUUUUUAAAAAAUCUUGGCAAGAUUUACAGUACAAUCCCACCCUGCCCGUGUCUACUUAAAAGUAAGCCCUAUUGAAUUCAGUGGAACUUACUCCCGGGUAAGUGUGCAAAGACAUGCAGCCUUAAUGUACAGGUUUUUUAUUAUUAUUAUUAUUAUUAUUUCUCAAGUACCUUUUGCAAAGAAAAGCCUUCUUUUUUGUUCGUUUGUUUUCAACCUUCCAUUCCCACUGGAGGACUGUAUCUGGCAGGGAUAUCCAUUAUUCUCCUCUCUAUAAGUAAAUAAAAAUAAAAUAAAAACAGGUGCUUAUAUAUAUAUAUUUUAUUAUUUACAUUUCUCUUUGUUGGUGCUAUGUAUUUGAAUAACUUUGCGAUGACACUGGUGGAGCCCUGCCAUGAAUCCACCUCCACGGCGCUCUCCCUCCUCGCCUGCUUCCCCCACCCCACCCCACCCCACCCCACACGCUCUUGGAUAGAGUUGCAUUCCAGCCUCAUACGCAAUACGUAGAUCAGCUGCUGCUUCAAUUGUAUUAUGGUACCUUGGAAGACCCGUGUAGGAAAUAUUAAAAUUUGUACUGACUUGUGGGGUUUUGUGUUUGUUUCGUCCCUUAUGUAACAAAUAGAAUAUCCAUGCCUUUUAUAUGCCAGAUUUGUACUCGGUCAUUUGUGGUGCUAAUUUAUGUGUCUCUUCCAUGUACUGCGGUCAAGGCCCAACCUCCCCUCCUCAACUUGAAUGCGUGCCUCAGAGACCGCCACAGGGCUUUGUAGCCGCUCUGACGGGGACCCUCGCUUCGGCUUUGACCCAGGCGGCAAGGAAAAUUACACACUAUGCCCAUGUAUAUCCAUGGAAAUACCAGAUUUGUAAAAGAAAAGACAUCACAUUUACUGUGAACAGGAACCAAUAAGAUGUCUUUCCCCCACUGCUCUCCUGAAGAAAAAAUUGAUCCAUGAGAGAGAAGCCACAGAGGUGAAGGCCCUGAGGUUUUCCCUGGUGCUGCAAAACCAGAGUCCCAGCGAGAAGAGGGAAUGCGUCUCCAGUUGCUUGCAAAGGUACAAUACAUCAGAAGCCCAAUGUGUUUCGGGCAAAGAGGCCCUCAUGCCAUCUCUGUGCCAAGUAUCCUCUCUUACUUGAAGCAAGUAACUGACCCUGAAGAGGGCCUCUUGGACCCAAACACGUUGGGCUUUCAAUGAAAUAUAUGGCGGGUCAUGUUUACAAGCAGCCUGAGGCAUGUUCUCUUUCCGUUUUGUGCUUUUUGCUCUGUGGAUUCUCAACCGCAGAUUCUCCAGCUGGGCGUUUCUUGUGGGUUUUCCCAUUGGAAUCAACCCUCCGUUCUAAAACAAGCAUAUUCCAACUGUGUUUGCGGGAAUGCUUGGAUCAGAAUGCAUCAGAGAUUCCUCCACAAGGGAUCAGCAACACGCUUCCCUUAAAGACUGAGGAACACGCACCAGGAUGAGCAUCCCCAGCUGUGGACAGCUGCAGGAAAGUAUGGGGGUCCAUUCUAGGGUGUCUUGGGGGCUUUGCCCUCUCCCCUUUUUGGUGCUCCCCACCCCCCGCCCCGCCGGACUUCCUGCACUUCCAGUUCACACAUGUCACUGGUGAGGGCCAACUAGCCUGGCCAGUCCCUCACACAAAUGGAGUGUAUGCCUGUACCCAGAGGUGGCCAACUUGUCUGUCCUGUUGGACUGCAGUUAUCAUCAGCAUCCCAAGCUGACAUCUGUUGUGGCUGGAGAUGGUGGGGGUUGUAGCUCAACAGCAGCUAAAGAACCUCAGGGCAGCCACACCCCAGAAUCCCUUGCGCUAGACCACAUCCCAGAACCCUCUCCAAUGCAGUGGGAUUUUGCGACUGACACUCAGGAGUUCCUCAGCAGAUGAGUCGAACAGGGGGAAGGUUCCCUGAAGGGUAGUACCUUUGGUGCUAGGAAGUCUCAGCUCAACAACAUUCCAGGAAACUUGAGGAUCUGAUGCAUUGUGUUGUUCGAUUUCACCUUGGCAACAGUCCUGUUUCAAGAACUCUGGAAAAUGUCAAAGGUUGCACGUUUACAUCUGUGAAAGAACUCUUUGUACAUAUGGAUGCAAACAGACACACACACACACACACACACACACUUAGGUCAUGUGAUUCUGUUCCAACAUUUUUCAUCGAGGGGUCUUUAAUCUUCUGCUUGUGUUUGCCACUGUUCGUGCCUCUGUCAAAAAUCCUACCAAGUGUUGUAAAACUGUAUUGAAGUUUCAAACCUAUCCCAUGUUCCCCUCACCCUCCCGCGUUCCUUCCCAGACCACUUAGCUACGGUAUAUUGCAAUAAAAAUUACUUCUUGUAUUUGCAGACA